GUUCCACUUCCGGUCGCUCCCAUAGAGACGAACAGCCUUCGCAGAACAUCCUACUAUCAACAUCCUUCUCUCUCCUUCCACUCCUUCUUCCCUUCCCCAUCUUUUCCCCUAACCCUCCCUUCGCCCUCAGUUUCCGUCAAGCAUAGCCAGAAUGCCUCUCGGAAUUCACAAUCCGUUACCUUCAUCGUUAGGAAGCGAAUGUAGAAAGGCGGGCAAAAUCCUCGCCUCGUUUGUCGAUCCACGACAAGCCUUUGGACCCGAUAAAGUGAUUCCUCCGGAGAUUCUGGCAGGAGCCAAGGGUCUCGCCGUUCUUACUGUCCUGAAGGCUGGAUUUUUGGGCUCAGCUCGAUUCGGCUCUGGUGUCGUUGUCGCUCGACUAGCUGACGGAACUUGGUCUGCUCCGUCGGCCAUUGCUACUGCUGGAGCUGGAUUUGGAGGCCAGAUCGGGUUUGAGUUAACCGACUUCGUAUUCAUCUUAAAUGAUGCCGCUGCCGUUCGGACAUUCUCGCAGGUCGGAACCCUGACGCUAGGUGGAAACGUUUCGAUCGCUGCUGGACCGGUCGGACGAAACGCGGAAGCUGCUGGCGCGGCUAGCACAAAGGGUGUGGCGGCAGUGUUCUCAUACUCCAAGACCAAGGGUCUCUUUGCCGGUGUCAGUCUGGAGGGAAGCAUGCUGGUGGAACGUAAGGAUGCGAACGAGAAGAUGUACAACAGCCGGGUCUCGGCACGCCAGCUCCUCAGCGGAACUAUUCGACCUCCCCCGGGCGCGGAUCCUCUCCUGACCGUGUUGAACUCGCGUGCGUUCUAUGGCAAUUCCCGGAAUGGUAGUGACAUGUACAACGACAUCCCCGUUUAUGAUGACAGCCAUGACGAUGUGGUUUGGGAGGGCCGCAGGGGCGAGGCGUAUGGCGAAGGAACGCGGCGCGAUCGCACUGGGUUCAGUGGCUCAGGUUCAGAUGACUUCCGCGACCGACCCCGCCGUGCGAAUACAUGGGCGGAUGAUAUAUACGAUCGACCUGCUGGAGGGCUGAGCCGUUCAUCGACUACUCGGUACAGCGGUCGCAACGACACUUACGACUCAUUUAACCGCAGCCGGAGCAACACUACCCCAAUUGAUGAGGACUAUGUAUAUUCUGACCGCAAGCCUAGCCGACCCACAGCUCCGAAACCCGUGUUUGGACAGCGGACUGGGGGAGCUCCUGCUCUACGCCAGGACCAGGCCAUAGCACUCUAUACUUUCGAUGCGGACCAGGAAGGUGACCUGGGCUUUAAGAAAGGAGACAUCAUCACCAUCCUCAAGAGGACUGACAAGAAAGAGGACUGGUGGACCGGGCGGAUUGGGGGCCGAGUUGGCAUUUUCCCAAGUAACUAUGUCGAAACUGCCUAGGAGUCGGCUUGUCCUAGUUGGACUCACGCGGAAUGAUAUUUGACGACGCGAGCACCCUUAACGUCAUGUUCCUCCUUCACGAAUGUUUUUUAUGUUCCUCUUCCGUUCGAUAUUCAGCUUCCAUGUCAUCGUUUAAGACUCACCCCCUUUAGUU